AUGCGCUCCUCACUCCUGCUCAUCGCCCUCGCUGGCGUUCGCGGGCUUGCUGCCGAGUCCGACUCGACCUACCUCACUUCGGCAGCUUCGGCAGCUUCAUCUCAUCACGCCAGCUCGUCGGGUGCUACCGCUGCCACUUCUGCUACAGGACGCAGCAGCGUCGCGUCUUCCAUCGCGCACUCGACGUCUGCGGUCGCGACUUCAUCAUCGGCAGCGCAUACAUUCUCUGAGUCGACCACCGCCCCCGCCAUCUCCGGUUCGGGUAACAGCACUGGCUCUGCCUUUCCAACCCCGACCGGCAAUGCCACUGCAUCUGGAUCAUACGAGCCAUUCCCUGUGCCAUCUUCCGAGCCUGCCAUCCCGGGCGUGUAUCCAGCCACUCAGCCCAAGGCGCCACCUCCUGUCGAGAGUCCUUUUGUGGUGCCCGACUUCGCUCCAGCAUGGGCGGCAGCACACAAGAAGGCCGCGGCUCUUGUUGCGCAGAUGACACUCGAGCAGAAGGUGAACGUCACUACGGGUGUGGGCUGGGAAGGCGGGCGCUGCGUCGGCAACACGCCUGCUAUCCCAGAAGUCGGUUACCCGUCCAUUUGCUUGGAGGACUCUCCGAUCGGCGUCCGUGACGCUGACUUCGUCACGGCUUUCCCUGCAGGCAUCAACGCGGCCACGACGUGGUCGCGCUCCCUCAUUCGCGCGCGGGGCUUGGCCAUGGGUCAGGAACAUGUGGGCAAGGGCGUCCAUGUAGCACUUGGCCCUAUGAUGAACCUUGGGCGUGACGCUCAAGGUGGACGCAACUGGGAGGGUUUUGGAGCCGAUCCCUAUCUUGCGGGCGAGGCAGCGUAUGAGACGAUCCUGGGCAUGCAGGAAGCUGGAGUACAAGCCUGCGCAAAACACUAUAUCCUGAACGAGCAAGAGAACCAGCGCACGGAAGAGACCUCCAACACAGAUGACCGCACCAUCCAUGAGCUAUAUGCGCUCCCUUUCCUGCGCUCCGUCAUGGCUGGCGUUGCCAGCGUCAUGUGCUCCUAUAACGCGGCAAACGGAACGUAUGCGUGUGAGAACGAUCGCACGCUCAACCAAAUUCUCAAGGAAGAAUAUGGUUUCCAGGGGUACGUCAUGAGCGACUGGAGCGCAACGCACUCUACGGUACCUGCAGCCAACAACGGACUCGACAUGACCAUGCCAGGCGACAUCACGUUCAACUCUGGCACAUCCUACUUCGGCGCCAACCUCACGGCCGCUGUCGAAGCUGGAGAGGUCCCUGAAGGUCGUGUGGAUGAUAUGGCUGAGCGUAUCAUCGCUGCUUGGUAUCUGCUUGGCCAGGACAGCGGUUUCCCUGAGACAAACUUCAACGCGUUCGAUCCUCUCGACGAAGCUACCAACGAACACGUCGAUGUACAGGAUGACCACGACGAGCUUGUACGCGAGAUCGGCGGCGCCAGCAUCGUACUUCUGAAGAACACCGAUGGCGCUCUGCCGCUCAAGAAGCCCCGUACACUUGCUAUAAUCGGAUCUGAUGCUCGUCCCGGUAUCACUGGCCCAGACGAGUUCUCCGAUCUUGGCGGCGUCGACGGCAUCCUCGCUAUGGGAUGGGGCUCUGGCACUGCAAACCUGACCUACCUCAUUUCGCCGUACGAGGCGUUGCAGGCGCGUGCACGCAAGGGUCGCACCUCGUUCUUCUGGAGCUUCGACGACUACAACCUGCUCAACGCGCAGGUCAUCGCGAACAAGAAGGAUGCCGCUAUCGUGUUCGUCCAGAGUGACUCAGGCGAGGGCUACAUCACUGUCGACGGGAACGCUGGAGAUCGCAAGAAUAUGACUGCUUGGCACAACGGCGAUCAACUCGUUCAGGCCGUAGCCUCCAUCAACCCGAACACGAUUGUCGUCGUGCACUCAGUCGGCCCUCUGAUCCUCGAGCCGUGGAUCGAGAACCCGAACGUCACUGCUGUUCUCUGGGCAGGUGUCUCCGGUCCUGAGACUGGUAACGCCGUCACCGACGUCAUCUACGGCGCUGUCAACCCCAGCGGACAUCUUCCGUACACCAUCGCCAAGGCUGUCGACGAUUACCCGGCGCAGAUUGUGGAGGGCAACACCUUCUUGACCGUUGACUACACCGAGGGUCUUUUCAUCGACUACCGCCACUUCGAUCAGGCUGACAUCGAGCCGCGCUUCGAGUUUGGCUUUGGAUUGUCGUACACCAACUUCAGCUUCUCGGAUCUCUCGAUUUCGAAGGUCAGCGGCGGUGAGGACCCUGACUCCGAGGAAGAGGCCGCAUGGGCCGCAGGCGAGUCGAGCCCGCUCGUAGAUGGACGUAGCGCCGCGCUGUGGCUGCACCGCCCACUCAUCAACGUGAGCUUCAAGGUCAAGAACACGGGCGACGUUAAGGGUACCGAGAUCCCUCAGCUUUACCUCCACCACGAAGCCUCUGCCAAUGAGCCGCCGAGCAUCCUCAAGGGCUUCUCGGACGUGACCCUCGAGCCCGGCGCGAGCAAGACCGUGAAGUUGCAGCUCAACCGCUUCGACUUGUCCGUGUGGGACGUCGUUGGUCAGAGUUGGGUGCGCCCGAGUGAGGACUCGAAGUGGGGCAUUAGCAUCGGCGCCAGCUCGCGCGACUUCAGGCUGAACGGUACGAUUACCCUCUGA